UACGCUGCUGGUGAUCAUCUUGCCGUGGUACCGCGCAACCCUUUGUGUCUUGUCGAUCAACUCUGUGCAUUGCUGAAAGUGGAUCCUGAACAGUUAAUUCGCUUCUCGAAUUCAGUUGGUUUGCCCGUCAAGGCUGGCUUUCCAACACCGUGCAGCUAUAGGACGGCAUUUACACACUACUUCGACAUCACCUCGCCUCCUCGGUUUCCGCUUUUGCGGCAGCUGGCAGUGGCUACGUCCAGCGAGACGGAAAGGGGCCUUCUUCAGCUGCUUGCAUCUGGCACAGAAGCGGGAAAUGCAAAGUACGAACAGUGGUUUGGGACAGAACGUCGUCAUCUAGUUGACCUUCUGGAGUAUCUUCCCUCUUGCCGUCCGGUAGUGAAGGACCUCUUGAAUCUCCUGCCUCGUUUGCAACCCCGAUAUUACAGCAUUGCCUCCUCACCGAGACUGUUUCGCGACAGCGUUCACCUCGUCGUCGCUGUGGUGAAGUACACGACACCAUUAGGUCGUUUACGGUUCGGUGUGGCCUCCGACUGGCUUUCUCGCCUCCCCACGAUGUCGUCCUCACAUCUGGUCCCAGUCUUUCUGCGUCGUUCUGAAAUGCGCCUUCCCCGAAAUCCACUCAUUCCGAUAAUCAUGAUUGGUCCAGGCACUGGUCUGGCCCCCUUUCGUGGUUUUCUUCAGGAGCGUUCCUUCAUAAAAUCAAAAGGCGGUCGGCUUGGUGAGGCCAUGCUCUUCUUCGGUUGUCGUCAUCGGUCACAGGACUUCCUUUUUUCCGACGAACUCUCUCAAGCCGUCUCUGCGGGUGUGAUUACCGACCUGCAGUGCGCCUUCUCAAGGGAUCAGCCCUCCAAAGUCUAUGUGCAGGAUAAGAUGCUCGAGUUGUCAACAAAGAUCUGGAGGCUGCUAAGCCGUGAAGAUGGCAUGAUAUUUAUCUGUGGGUAUGUGUGUGCAGUGAAAUGCAUUGGCAUUCUGAUGUCUGUAUAUCCUUUGACUACGGGACUGUGCUUGUGA